GGUGCUCCGGGAGUGGGCAAGACAGCCAUCAUCCGCCAGUUCCUGUUCGGUGACUAUCCCGAGCGCCACCGGCCCACACGCCCCCCCCGCCUCUACCGGCCCGCCGUACUGCUCGACGGCGCUGUCUACGACCUGAGUAUCCGUGAUGGUGACGUCGCUGGCCCCGGUUCGAGCCCCAGAGGUCUCGAGGAAUGGCCAGACCCUAAAGACUGGAGCUUGCAGGACACAGAUGCCUUUGUGCUGGUCUACGACAUCUGCAGCCCCGACAGUUUCGAUUAUGUGAAAGCCCUGAGGCAGCGCAUAGCAGAAAACAGGCCGGCGGGCGCGCCAGAGGCACCCAUCCUCGUGGUAGGCAACAAGCGGGAUCGUCAGCGGCUGCGCUUCGGACCUCGUCGUGCACUGGCCACUCUAGUGCGCAGGGGCUGGCGCUGCGGCUAUCUCGAGUGCUCAGCCAAAUACAACUGGCACGUGCUGCGUCUCUUCAGAGAGCUUCUGCGUUGUGCUCUGGUGCGCACACGUCCUGCGCAUCCGGCCCUACGCCUGCAGGGGGCGCUGCAUCCAGCACGCUGCAGCCUCAUGUGACCAGAAUGGACAGGAAAAUGUCAUAAAAGUAGGUUCCCACCCAUCUCCUGGCUUUUCUUCGAACUCGAUUGGACCCAGACAACUCCCAAUCAUUGGACAAGAUCAGUUUUAUCUGAGACCUUAUUGGGUCACAAUCACAGGCGGAAAGGACUUGAAUUGGAAGCAUUCAUAAAGCCCCUGGCAAGCACUUUACUGGAAAUACCUUUUGUUUUUGGCAUUUUGAGGCAGGGUCUCACUACGUAGGUUCGGCUGGCAUCGAACUACAAAGAUCCACCUGCCGCUGCCUCUCCAGUGUUGGACUGGCUAUUGGAGACAUAAGUCAUGCCUUACCAGGUAAUAAAAAACUUAAAACCACAA